AUGAAGAAGGGAAAAGGAGAAAGAAAAGAGAAGGUAAAGGAUUGCAGUUGCAACUCAGAAGGAAAAGAGGGCACACGGCCCCCGGCCCGCCCAGCCCACACCCCCGGGGGGCAGGAGGCCAACCAGGGCAGGGCCAAGCCGGGCCAGCUGGGCAGCAUGCCGCCGCCUUGCCAACUUGGAUGCCCCUUCCUGCUGCUGCAGCUGCAGCUGCUGCUGCAGCUCCUGGCCGCGCUAAGCGGGGAGGGCCGCUCCCUGCAGGCACCUGCACCCCUGGGGACCCCCCAACACAACCCCGCUCCUCCCCUCCAGCUGCGGGAUGCGGCCGUGGACCUGUCGGCGGGGGGCCUGCCCUACCAACGCCCGCUGCGAUGCAUCGACAUGCUGAGCGUCGAGGGCCGGUUCACCUUAAACGCGGCGCAGCCCCAGCUGAACUGCGCUGCCUUCUUCAUCUCCGAGCCCCAAGAGCUCAUCACCAUCCACUUCGACCUGGUCAGCAUCGACUGUCGGGCCGGGGACUUCCUAAAGGUGUUUGAUGGCUGGAUUCUCAAAGGGGAGAAAUUCCCUAGUGCCGAGGACCACCCUCUCCCCAUGUCUGAGCGCUACAUUGAUCUCUGUGAAAACAACGUAGGAAGGAGCAUCAACUCUUCCCAGAAUGUGGCGAUGAUUUUCUUCAGGAUCCACAAACCAGGAAAUGGCUUUACUGUCUCCAUAAGGAAAAUCUGGAGCCUCUUCCCCUGCAAUGUCAUCUCUCAAACCCCCAGUGGAGGGUUCACCAUGGUCAUACCUCACCAGCACCGAAACUGCAGCUUCUCCAUCAUUUAUCCUGUGGUUAUGCAAAUAACCAAUCUCACCUUGGGCAGUUUCAGUCACCUUCAGCUAAAGGGACCCUCAGCAGGAUGUGGGAGGGCUGGAGAUUUCGUGGAGCUGCUGGGUGGGACAAGCUUGGACCCUUCAAAGAUGAAGCUUUUAACUGACGUGUGCUACCCCUUUCAAAGGCCAGUCCAAAUGAAGAUCGGCUGUGACAACGUGGUCCUGCGGCUGGUCUCUAGUGGGAAACAUGUCAAUCAGGUGACGUUUGAAUAUCAUCAGCUGGCGCCGAAUGACCUGGCAACACAACAGGGGAGCAGUACUAUGGAAUUUUGUUUUCCUGGUACUUGAAUCAGGGCUGACAGCCAGAGAGUCGAGUGAAGGUUGGGCUGGAUAACCCACGUCUUAAUUUGGAUCUCCUGGUGUGACUGACCCUUGCUACGUUCCACACAUUUCCCUUUCUGCAUUCUGAGCCUCAAUCUGGAAAGGCGCCUGGUUCAUUUUUUUGAGUUUUCCAUUAUCUUCCCUCUGUUCCUUCUUCAUGGAUAGCUAUACAUUGCCUCUCUGGCAGACAACCAUCAUAGUUUGGCCACGAUAAACACAGAAUUGUACUUUUCAAGCCCUUAGUACAGUGCUCUGCACACAGUAAGCACUCAAUAAAUACGAUUGAAUGAAUGAAUGAAUGGAUGAGUUAUGAGCAGGAACACUUGUCAAUCCUUCAGAUGUUACAAGUUCAACCCCAUGAGAAAUGUAAAAGAUCUCAAAGAGUAUUCAACAGUGUAGUAGUCCCUGGACAUCAGGUGCAAACUCCAAAAGGAUAUCUGAUGAUGACUUACACACACAUCAGUUUUAUAACAGGAAACCCAGUGUUUGUGUCUGCGGCAGCAAUCACUUGAGAAUGCACUAUUAUUUAUUUAGUUGUAAUAACUUGUUUUUAUUAAAACUUGAAAGCAUGGGAAAACCUUCCCUCCCACAAGUCCAAACAUGAAUAAGUACGUUCAGAGUGUUGGUAAAUUCUCAUUAGACUGUGUGUUUGACAAGAGUAGCUCUCUGCCUUAGUCUCUUCAGAGAUCUUUUGCCAUCUUGUUGAGAAUAAAAAACUCUUGGAAUUGAU